AUGAAAUUGCGAACACGUCAACUAGAGAAAGAAAGCUCCUUGAAUAACUCAUCUGAGCAUGGUGGCGGAUCCACUGAAGUUUCACAAUCAUGUCGAUCUGAGGACGACGGACUUGUUAAUAAUCCACAGAAAGCUAGCGACAUCAAGGAGGUGGGCUUUCCCAUCUCACAGAAGGGGAUUGACUUGACUCAAAGUUUUGAAACUGAUCAGGUAUUUGACUCAAGAGAUGCAGUGUUUGAAUGGUGCCAAGAGGUUGCUAAAAAGAAUGAUACAAGACUUAUUAUUAGAAAGUCACAGACGAAACCAGCAGGAAAGGGUAGCUUCAUUGUGGUUGUAUGUGAAAGAAGUGGUGUUUAUCAGUCUCAUAGUAACGAGAUUGACACUCUGGGGACUGAACCUCAGAAAAGAGGAAGCAAAAAGUGUGGUUGUCCGUUUACAUUGAGGGGCGCAUGCCUGCUUGAGAAUAAAUGGAAACUUCGUGUAAAUUGUGGACGCCAUAAUCACGAGGUUGAAAGCAAUCCGGUUUCGUUUAAUCGGUGGAAACAAGUUGAGGAGCAGCUUUUACUUGAUUUGACUGCAAAGGGUGCCCCUCCUCAACAGGUACUUCAAGCAUUGAAGGAGAAGCACAAAAAUAAUGAUGUAAACCUCAGGACCAUAUACAACAAGAGGUCGAAAUUAAAACGGAAAGAGGUGGAAAGUAAGUCCGUGAUGCGGCAGGUUUCAUUUCUAGUGACGUAA